UGAGGUAACGUUUCCCAGCCGAAUUUUUUCUAGGGUCACUUUUGAGGUAUGAGGCAAGAAUAUCACUUUCUUCCGAUUGAUCAAAGAAGGCUGUUUCUGGAUGAGUGCUGCUUGUACUCGUUGAAGCUGCUCACAAUACAAGUUAGCAGUGAUGGUUUGACCCCUUUCCAAAAACUCAUAAUGAACAAUUCAAGUUGCUGUCCACUAAACACACAACAAAACCUUGUUUGGGUGCAAGGAAGCCUUGGGCGUGCGUGGUACCGAAUCAGUAGGCGACAAUCAAUGAUACGAACGCUUAGAAUUCGAAUACAAGAUCCAUUUUUCGUCGCAGGUUAAUAACCGAUUAAGAAAUGGUUCAUCAGCGUUGCGUGAAAUAUUUGCUGAACAAAUGGUAAGACGACUUAAUUUCUGAUGAAGAUGCAAACGAAUAGUUUCAGGACUCACUCUGAACAUUUCUACAAGUUUAUGGCACGUUGUCCUGGAAUUCGCGUCCACAACCUGUCGAAGAUCUUCGUUGUUCAUGAUUUUUGGUCUCCCUGAGCGCG